CUUACCGCGGGCGACAACAGUGAGCGCUUUCGCAGGCAUCCCCCCAUCCCCACCCCCAGAUGCUCCCUGCCAGCCUUUGGCAUCCACCGCCCGUCUCCAACGGGGGAUUGAAACCGCGGUUUGGCUGCCAGGUGGGCGAGGAGGGGAUGCAGAGAGAUGCGCUGAUGGGGUGAGCUCUUCGGCAGAGCUGGCAGCACAGCCGGGUUGAGGGUUUUGCUGGAUGCGAGGGAGCUGCUCGGAGCUGCGCUGCUGCUGCCAGCAGAGAGGUGGGAAGGGGAGGGGUGUCCAAGUGUGACUUCCAGCCCGGGCAGGGGGCUGUCGCUGGAGAAGACCGCUCUGCUCUCUCCCCAGAGCCUCGCUGGCCACGCUGCCGGCACGAACACACCGUUGGAGAGGACGGGUCGCAGGCAUGCCAGCCUUUUCCAUGAUGCCUGGCCAGUAACAUCAGCCAUGACCUGGAGGGACAGGGACAAGAGGUAGUUUGGACUUCCCUAGUGAGGUCAGCCUGGAGCUCUGCCUGUUGAGGAGAGACCUUCAGAGGUGUUGAAUGAUGAGUGCGAUAAUGCCAACUCCUGCUGCUCCGUGGUGAGCUGUGACGCCAAACCCAAACCACUUUAGAGCUGAAGCUGGACUUAACCUGCGGCCCUGGUCUUAGAAGGAAAUGCUGUGUGUCCUGUGUGAUCAUCCCUCAACUGUGAACGUCUACCAUUGAAAAAUCAACCUUCCACGCUAGGAGGCAAGGAUCAAAUGGGUUGAGAACAACUGGCCCUCCUUUUUUUUUUUAUUUUUUCUUCAGAGGAUUCUUUGAUAUAUUUUUAAGUGCCAGGACAUGAAACAGUAAAUCUCUCCUUCCCGCACUCCUGCCUACUGCAAACAGCCCCGACUGCUGUCCAAGCCAGCCAGUUCAAGGGUUAACUAUAACUGGAUGCCUGAAUGGCUGCCUUACUGAUCCCACGGAGGAACAGAGGGAUGAGGACUCGCCUGGGCUGCCUGUCUCACAAAUCAGACUCAUAUAAUGAUUUCACAGCUAUUCUUCCGGACAAGCCCAACCGGGCUUUGAAACUGUCAACAGAAGAAGCAACAAGAUGGGCAGACUCUUUUGAUGUCCUUUUGUCCCAUAAAUAUGGGCUGGCUGCUUUCCGCGCUUUCCUGAAGACGGAGUUCAGCGAGGAAAACCUGGAGUUCUGGCUGGCCUGCGAGGACUUCAAGAAGACCCGCUCAGCGGCCAAGCUGGCCUCCAAGGCUCAGCGGAUCUUCGAGGAGUUCAUCGAUGUGCAGGCUCCUCGAGAGGUGAACAUAGACUUCCAGACACGGGAGCUGACAAGAAGAAACAUGCAGGAGCCCUCCCUCUCUUGCUUUGAUCAAGCCCAGGGGAAGGUGCACAGCCUGAUGGAGAAAGACUCAUACCCCAGGUUCCUGAGAUCCAAAAUUUACACAGACCUGCUGUCUCAAACCCAGAGGAGGCUCAGCUAGAGCAGCGAUGGGGUCCUCAGAAACCACGUGCUUCCCACAACAGCCAAAACUUAUGCCUAAAUGUGAAACUUUCUUGGUGUUAAAAGCAGUGGGAAUGAGAAAAGAGGGAGAAGGGGAAGAGGAGGCUUCCGGAGUGUGAUCCAGAUGUGGUACUAGGACCCUCUGAGUUUCUGUGAUUUUUUGGUUAGCAGUACCAUCUUGCAGUUGUUGCUUCUCUCUAGCACAAAACCAUAAUCCUCUCUAGUCACAGGGUCAUCUGUUGGGAAAGCAAGUUUCCUUUAAAAUUACUUUGUUGGUUUGUGUGUAAAUAAGUCCACCGCACCUUUCCAUCCUUCCAGACAUCUCUCUGGUUCUCACCUCUCCCCUGUGUUUGGAGGGGCCCUAAGGGCAUUUCUGAAACUCAUGAAGUCAAGUCUGGCCCAAAGCAUUGUCUCGUGCACUGGCUGCUGGGGUCUGGAUCCAGAGACUGGGGAGGGAGAGAGAAAACAAAGGUACACGACUCAUGCUGCUUGCCAGAGUGGAAACCAUCUGUGAACUCAGCUCACCUUUCCAUUUUGGUUGCACAUAUUAUGACACCAACUUGCUACCCUGCCACAGCCCCUUAUCUUCCAGAGAUGGAGACUCAGAGUUAUUUUCUAUAUGAUUGUUAAGGAGAUGAGUUGUUUUCUCGUGGGGAAGGUAAUCCCAAAAGCUCUCGCUAGACCUGCUCAGGCAAGUCUUCCAGUGUGAAUGAUUGCUUUUCAUUGACAUUAUUUAAUUGUACUGUAGUUCAGCCUCAGGACCCCAGUCGUCAUUCAGGCUUCAUUGUGCUAGGCACCGUACCAAAACCUAACACAAAGACUCCUGGAUGCCUCAGACAUUAAUGGAUUUGGUGGCUUCUCAGGAAUGAGCUGCCAACUGUUGGAAAAUAGUCAAGAGAAAGAAUGUCCCAUCUGUCCCAUGCUGAGAUGUACGAAGAGCACAAGACCUGCCUGCUAUGGCAGACCGCAUUUUUCAUGUCGUACCUCACCAGCACAUGUCAGGGAGAGGUAACAUGGCAAUCAUUAUUAUCUUUUUGUUAUUUACUGAUUAUUGACUGUUGUUGUUACCUACCGAUUGUCCACUGUGGGUUCAAUGCCAUGUAAAGAACUACUAAAGACACAGAUCUUGCUGCAUGGUGCUUGCUAAAAACAGGACACGGAAGGGUGCGGUGAGCAGGAGUGUAUGGGUGUGAAGUGAUAUGUGAGCUGUUCCUUGGCCAUAUUCCCCCAGCCUGGAUAGCCAGCUGCAGGAGAAGACUGUGCAGAUGUCAAGUUGUUUAGCACCCCCUCUGUGCUGUGCCAUCACUCCAUCCGAAGGCCCCAUUUCUAUGGCAUUGCUGUUCCAGAUUAUCGGCUGUUAGGUUCUUGCAAUGUUUUCUAGUCGAGAAGCAGACAGCCUGUGGAUUUGAGCCUACAGACCUAUUUUCUUAGUUUUAUGAAGGCCUGGAAAAUGACCCCAUGGAUCUUUUCCUUCUCUCAGUCACCCACAGAUCAGAGGCUGUAAACCUCUGCUCUAGUUUGGGGUGGUGGGUAGGUGUCACGUAUCAGAAAGCUGCUGAUAAAUAUUUAGUGUAAUGUGUAAACUAGGUAGACCUAAUUCUAAAACUAAGCAUAACGUGUUUGGAACGAGAUACAAAAAGCCCGCUUUUGGAUAUUAAAUGUUACUGUCCAUGCAGUAGAUAGGAAGCAGGUUUUGAAGCUUUUUGUAAGGAUGUUGUGCAGGACAUUAGGACAAAUAGGUUUAGGAUAAAGAUAGGAGUGGUAAGCAUGUUUGGUUUAUUCUGGAGGUGUAUUCCUCUGGUCUCUAAGACACUAAAGUGUGAAUACUGUGCAAGUGCAAUUUCUGUUCAGUAGGGAAACCUGCUUUUCAGUACCUGGUUGAUCGGCUCUAGAAUUCUCCAGUUCUUUUGUAGGAAAAGAUCAGUGAAAGGUGGGCACUGGAAUGUGCCUCAGAUUCAUCCAAGGGGUCUACAUCAUCCAGUGACUCAACCAGCUGUGAGUUUAACUGUUCAUGGGCCUACAGUUUUAUAACAAACAAGGUAUGUGGCAAAUAAGUUCUAGUGGGACAGGUCUCUUGGGGAACUUGUGCAAUGCUCUGGAUGGAGUCAAAGACAGAAGCAAAGGAUAUAGUCAUGCAUCCAGUGGCUGUCCCAGCUGGCAUCUGGGCUAUAGGAAGUGGAACAGAGUCACAUCACCUAUAGAUCCCCUCCUGCUAUAGGUGAAAGGUAAGGAGGGGGGCAAGUCACCCCACAUUGCGGUGAAACACUCUCAAUGCUUGACCUGUAAGGAAGAUGCAAAGCCACUGAUUGUGAGGAGGGGCUGGAAGAACUCUCCUUUCCAAGAAACAGUGUCUACUACACCUGCAUAACAUGGGAUGGACUGGGAUCUCUCAGGAACACAGGUUGCUUUGGCUGAAAUUGUCCCUCUUGAGACAGCCUGUGGUGCCAGUUGUACCCAGUGUCACUGUGGCUGCAAAACAGCUCAGUGACUGGUGAUCCAACCCCUGCCACACGGCAGCUCAGCUUCCCCAUGCUGUGGUGUCAAACAAGCCAUGUUGCAAGGGACGAAGCAAAGCCACCUUGUCUGGUGGCCUUCCUCCAUUUCAGCCUCCUCUUCAACUGUACAUGCAAGAAGCAUCCCUGUGCUGCCCUGGAUGUAAGAGAUGGCAGCGGCAGGCUUAGGCAGUCAUAGUUUUUAAAGAGAAGGCAGAAGGUCGUGUUAAUUGCCUUGUGGUAUUUUUCUUAAAGCCACCGACACACUUUCUGAGUGGGCUUGGGUGAUGCUGACCUCCAGCGCGAACUGAUGCAUCCCAGACAAGGCUUUUCAGCAAAGUGUCCUGCAGCCAUCCAUGGUGUCCCAGAGGCAACCAGGCCGCAAGAAAACAGCAGGACAAGAUGUUUGUGUCAAGGAACGAGGAACCAGAAACUCAGAAGUAAAGACAAUUCCCUGGCUUCCCCAACGGCUACAAAGGUUGGUCCUAUUCAGAAUGUAACUCCAGAAAGCCCAGGAGGGAACAUCCCUCAGCAAGCUCCUCCAGCAUCAGUGCUGGCAUCCUUUCAGUUCAUGUCAGAACUCACAGAAAAACCUCAAAGUCGAUGACACCUUGUGAAAACCAAGCUCCCCUCUCUUCUCCGUCAACCUGGGGAAUUGCUUUGAACAGGCACAUUCAGAGAUGCUGCAAUGCCGACAGGAGCUGUAUUUGUGCUGGCUGAUGUAGAAGUGUUUUGCCCAUUAAAUUGGUGCCAGACAAUAUCCUCCAUGGGAAACAUCCUAGAGCAUAGAGUGGAGCAAAAGUAUUGUCUGAGGCAUAUGAGUCUAUCACAGUUAUUUUUAUUGCUGCUGUUACAGUUUGUCUCUCUUGAAGGAAAGCAGGAUAGUUAUUUAAAGUAAUUUUUUUUUUUUUUUUGUGAGAAUAAGGAAUUGGCACCAGCUGCUUCUUUUAUGCCAAAUGUCAGUCUGAAGUGAAUUAAAAUAGGCAGCUUAUAGCUCUUCCCCUUCAACCAGGGGCUGAUUAAGGAAAUAAUGACUGAGCCAAAGCUUUGGAAAGCACUGAGUGAUGACUAAUACCCAUCAAGGACAAAUAUCCUAUCUUUGAUUCAUCUCUUACUGAAGUGAAAGGGAUAUUCAUAAUUUACAAACCCCACUUCCCCUCUCCAUGAGCACACACAUCCAAAAUUUUGCUCCUGUUUCAAGUAAUGUCAGAGUGUGCCAUCACAUGAAGAGAGGGGAAAAGAAAACCCAAAACAUUUUGCUCAGCUCUUUUUAUUCUGUGUUUGCUGGCACGUAGCCAGUCAGCUCCCAAGUCCUUUGACAGCUAAAGGGAAGAAGAGUUAACAAAAUGCCUUUUCUAUAAGCUUCAGAUGUCAUUAACUCCAGAAGCAGAUGUAGAACCCAAAUCUGCUUUGAGUUUCUUUCUUCUGCUUUGGUCUGUCAGCCAGGUUUGGGAUGAUUUCCAUCAGUUUUACUGGACUUACUAAUGUACCACUGGGUUCCUGCCCUUCGUGCUGGGAAGGUGUGAAGGGCAAAGUCCUGCUUGUCUAAGCAGGGGAGGGAAAUAGGUGUGUGUGGGUGGCUGCGAGUGCAUGUGACUUUACGUGUGUGUUAUUUAGUGUCUCCUCCUAGAGAAGCUUUUCUGAGACAUAGAUGUGCAUGUUAAAAUAGGAGAAUUAGGCAUAACCGACAUAAACUGAGAUUUAUUUUUUUUUUUUAGCCAGUGUUGUGUUUGCCUCGUGUGUAAGUUUGACUAGUAAUAAGAGAUGUAAAACUCUGCUAGGCUUCCAGUUACCCAUAAGAACACAUGUAUCAAACUGAACUGAAUGUUCACUGAUAGACACAAAACCAAAAUGUUUACAGCAUUCAGAGCAAUAGCAAAGCAUACCUCACGCCAGUCCUGGAGUGCCUCUCACCCAUUAGCGCAAGCUCUUCCCUCCCUGGGGGGCCUCUUGCUUCUCCCUCCAAACCCCUCCAUCCUUCUCAGUCCUGGCCUCAUCAUCUUCCCUCCUCCUCCUCCUCCUCACUGUGUCCUCCCUGAAGCACUCCUGUCCGUGCUAACCUCCCGCUCCACCAGCACUGUUUGUCCCCAAUAUCUGAGCCUGGGUCUUGCUUUACCUCCUCUCAUGCCCUCCUGUUUACAUAGUCCCCAUCCCCAUCAGGCCCUCCUAUUUCUUUGCUUCUUACUUCCCCAAACAUUCUUCUCUGGUCUUGUCAUCUCCUGCUGUCACUAUAAAGCUCCUAGUUGCUAUUCCUUGCCCUUUAUAUAAGAAGAAACCGCUUUGCAUAAUUUCUGCAUUAUCUUUCAUUCCUGGGGCUGCUGCAGUUGUCUUCUUCCUCGGUACUGUUUUUCUUUUUUUCUCCAGUAUAGAAGCAUUGUAUCACAGAACUGGAAUUAAAAUACCUUUUGCUGCUAGUCCAGAAUGCUUUUAUCUUACCACACACCCCUUGGGCUUUGCAGAGCGUCUGCUUGUCCCCAGUAUUGUGUCAUCUUCUUCCUCCAUCCCCGCUCCACGUGCUGCGCUUGCGGCAGGGGCUGGCUGAGCGAGGAGCCAGCGGCUGCUUUGGCAGGGUCACAGCUGUGCUUCCUCUUGGCUUUCUCAUAUAUAUAUUAAAAAAAGGAGUGUAAAUAAA